GAAGAAAAUAUGACCAUAACAGAGGAUUUUAGCAGACUAGAAAACACUUACCAAAUGGAAGCGGAGGUCUGUAUUAUAUUCAGUGAUUUUGGAAAAAUGCAGAAUGUUUGCAAUCUUCUCAUUGAAAAGCUAGGGACCUCUGUUACUAUCAGUCCACCUCAUUUCUACCACUCUCCAGAAGCUGUAGACACCCUUCGUUCCCUGCACAGAAUCACAACAGGAUCAUUGCCUAAGGAAGAGGCUUCUCAUGACAGGACUAGAAGCCGCUCAAGCCAGAGCAUCAACACUGAGUUUGAGAUGAUGCUGAUACGCCUAUGCAUUAAGUCAGAGGUCUUUGCAUCAUCAGAAUUUCAAGUGCCACCAUCCAUUUGGGGUGAUCUGAGGGUCAGCGGAAGAUCACAGACUCUAUCAUGGACAUGUCUGAGCAGCACAAGCCUUACAGAGGACAUUCAAUUUAUUAUGCUCCGACCGUUCCCUCGUCCCACUGCUCAGCAGGACUGAUCCCUAUGUAUCUACUAGGUUAGCAACGGUUCCUUCUAUCACUUAACUGUGAUUUCAGGAGAAAAGGAUCAUCUGAUAUAGUAACAGGUGAAAAGAAACAAUGUAUGCGGUGUGAUAUUUGAAAUAUCAAACCUUUCUUUCAUAUCAGAGAACAGAAACAUGUUAAGUAUAAACAAAAAAAUACACUCUGUAUUUUGAACACACAUCCUGUAUAUUAGAGUUUUCUGUCUGUUAGCCUUUCAGGGCUACUGAACUGGAGACCAGUAUUCUACAUGCAGGGAGGCAAGGGACUUUAUUGCUUAGUUCUUUCUAGCUUCUUCUAGAGUUGAGGAGAAGUAGAGAUUUCCACAUAUACCGGUUGCUGCUCUGGUACAAACAGCUGUGACCUAAACAGGGAUGGCUUUUUGGGGGAUGAGAGUUACCCUGCUGCACAUAUGAAAAUGAGCUAAGAGGACUGGCAACAUCGUGCCUUCAUUGCCAAGUGUUAAUACCUUUACAUUGCCUCCAGAUCUGCAGUUUUUAAUGGACAAGCCUAAAAAAUAGCAAGUUUUGAUCUCUCAGAGUGGUUUCGCUGUGAUUUUGUAUAUUGCCACAUAAUGUACCACGUAAUACCAUAUUAUUUCACAAGGAGUCAAAACAAGUCGACUUUAGGCUCUUUUAAAGAAUAAAGAUGCAAUUUUUCCACAGCGCAGUAAUUCACUAGAUAGAAACAAACACUGUUGGACAGCUUAGAAAAACAUGUUUUCUAUUUAUUUAAAAAUAAGUUUGUAGUUACUACAUUGCAGUGACAGUAAUUCUUACACAUACAUUCUAGUUUGUAUAAAAGGAUUCAAAGUAUUAUGCAUCAAAACUAACAUAGAAAGUGUCCACAUAACAGUAAAGAAAUUUUCAAUCCAUAUAUACAAAAAGAAAGGGCACUGUUAUCCUGGUGAGAUACUUCAGGUUAUAACAUGAUAAUCCAGAUUUCUGGAAAAAAAAAAAAAAACAAACAAACCCUU